AUGAACACUCAAGAGAACGGUCUCAAAGCGUCUAAAUCACAAGUAAAAGACGCUGAUACGGAAGACAUUGGCAGAAUGAACCAAUUGGUAUCUUGUUGUAUUCAACGUGUUAGGAAUAUUGAGAAUGACGCGGUCGAUAAAAUUGAUGAACGUAUCGACGAUGGGUUUGUUGUAAGAUUCUCAGCAGCUCAGAUGAAGGUAAAACUUGCACAAGCUAAGCACGAAGCGAAAUUAGCGGUAGAUACAGAGCUAUUGGAAGCUAGGAAAGAGCUAGUGGAGAGACGCUACGAAGUUGUAGGCCUUGAACGGGAGCGAAAGAAUUUGGUAAGGCAGCUUGAAGCUGUUCAGAAGCGAUUGGAUGCCGUACUACAAGAAAACAAACAGACGCUGGGAAGUAUGAAGCGUGAAGACGUAAAGCUAGAAAAACUACAGGCGAUACUGGACGUGGAAAAAGCCGUUCGGCUGAAGCUUCAAAAGUCGUUUGAGAAGCAGCAGCAGACACUAGUAUUAGCCCAAGAACGAGUGAAGAAAUUAGAGGAGCAAGUUGCCAGCUACCAAAAGACUGAGACGGUACUAGCCCAGUCUGUCGCGCACUUGCAGCAUCGCUUCGCCAGCAAAGACGAGCAGCGCGCAGCAUCAGUGGAGCACGUUCAGCGAGAGCUGACAGAGCACUACGAACAAAAAAUGGCCGAGAUUUGUGAAGAAUUGGCAACUCUGCGCGGCACGGAAAAGAUGGCUCAGAAGCAAGUACAGGAGCUCCAGAAGAAGCUGCAUGACAAUGCUCAGCAAAUGUUGGUUUCUCAAGAAAAUGUGGUUAGACAUGACGAUGAAUUGCAGGCAAAGAUCACACGGCUUGAGACCGAGAAGGCUGUACUUCAGAGUAAAACAGAACAAGUGCAAAAGGCAGACACUCAGCUUCGUAACCAGCUCCAUGCUCAUAGCGAGCAAAUUGCGGCUUUGCGGCAAGAGAAAGACAAGUUGCAACGGGAUAACAAAGAAUUGGGUGAGAUCGCUAGUGACCUGAUGCAGAUGGCUGAGCGGCAGCACUCGGAAAACGCAAAUUGCGGCAACAGUCCUGCACAAUCAGCACGAGACACCUUAGUUACUGCACCUGGAAGAACCUAUGAAGAGGACGGAAUCUUUUUGCAAAAGCGCAAAAAGCGCCUACGUUUGUCUCUUAGUUAG